CCCGGCCGACGGGCAGAGGAACCGAUGGGGGUGGCUUGGGAGAUCGCGCGCCUGCCGGAGGAACUCGUCUUGGUGGCGCUGGCCCGCACGUCCCCGCGCACGCCGCCAUUUCCCCGGCCUUCCGCGCCACAGCCGACUCCGACGAUGUCUGGGCGAGCUUCCUGUCCCCCGACGGCCUUCCGUCGCUCGCCGAUGGUGAGCCGUCGGGCCCUGCCCCGCCCUCAUCCAAGAAGGAACUCUUCCUCUGCCUUUCCGCCGGCCCCGCGCUUCUCCAGGUCAGGCUCGUGGGAGACCGGUGCCAAGUGCUACAUGAUGUCCGUCAGGAACCUCUUCAUCAUGUGGGGGAACACUCCGGAGUACUGGUCCUGGAUCCCACUCCAAGACUCUAGUGCAGUAGCUCCUAGGAUCACUUAG